GUACAACAUGUACAUGAAGUUCAAGAUAACACAAAUUAAUCGUGCCGGUAAGUACUUAUAGGUUACCAUUCGUAGUCUGUACAGUAGUAAAGGCUAAACAGGGCAACAGAACAGUAAAGAUGGAAGUGUAUAAAAAGGAGAAGAUAGAAAAUGUUUGUAUCUUUGGUGGCACCCACGGGAAUGAGCUCUCGGGUGUAUACCUGGUUCGUAAUUGGCUGAAAGAUGGCGCGCUGGUACAAAGGGGCUCAUUCAGUACACACCUGGUGAUUGCCAAUCCCCGUGCAGUGGAUACAUGUAGAAGAUAUAUAGAUCGGGAUCUGAAUAGAUGCUAUGGAAAGGGCACACUAGGAGAGUCCACUAAUGCGGAAUCACCAUAUGAAACAAAGCGGGCGCAGGAGUUAUAUCACAGAUACUUAUCAGGGGCACCGCCAGAUGGCACUACAGCUGAUUUCUUGAUUGAUUUACAUAAUACAUCGUCAGCAGCGGGCAACUGUAUCAUCAUACCAUACAACGCGAGUCCAGUAGUUCUCCAAGUGUGUGUGGAGUUGAUUCAACGACUAGAAUCUUUGUUUGUCCGGGUAUUGGUGCUGACAGAGCAAGGGACUGUUGAGUCAACCGCGGGUUCCUGCAAGAAUACUAUAGGUGUUGAGAUAGGACCACAACAUCACGGGACACUCAAGACUAAAGUCUACGAUGAUAUGUCACUUAUUGUAACAACAACUCUCGAUAUAUUGGACCAGAUCAAUAAAGGUGAGCUUUUUCCCGAACGCCAGUUAGAGGUGUACUCUAUUCACAGACGAUAUGAUUAUCCGCGUGAUGAGGAUGGACAACUAAAUGGAACCUUACAUCCUGACUUUGAGGAGAAGGAUUGGCAACCACUUAAGAAUGGUGACAAUAUACUCCGCACACUAGAUGGCGCUGACAUCAGACUGGAGAAUGAGACAGAGACAGUUUACCCAUGUUUUGUAGGGGAAGCCGCAUAUUAUGAGAAAGGACUCGCAUUCUGGACAACUUUGAAAACCAUAUUGAAAGUGGAAAAACUCCCUCUGGAUGACUGAGCAUUUUGUUAAUGUUAUAUCUGUCACUGUGUAUUAAUAAAUGUGAAUUUCUGAAAUCUGAUGACGUUACUCAUUCC